AUGGACGCUCAGCGGGCGCGGGAGAGUCUCCGCAAGCGGUACCUGUUCCCGCCGGACACCGAGGUUCCGCUGGACGAAGACGGUGGUUCCAGGCCGGCUGUUGAGAAAAAGGAGAAACCUCUUCCAAGACUUAAUAUCCGUUCUGGAUUCUGGAUUUUGCCAUCCAUUGUUGUGACCUAUUACGUUGACUUCUUUAAAGCUAUUAAAGAAAACAUUCACACUAGUAGUUGGUUUCUCUCUGGUGGUGCUUUGUUGCUUGUCAGCUUAUUGAUUGCAUUUUACUGCAUACUCUAUCUGGAAUGGCAUUGUGGAAUUGAAGAUUAUGAUACCAAGUACCCAACGUUGAUACCCAUUACGACAGCUGCUUUUAUCGCAGCGGGAAUUUGCUUCAAUAUUGCUUUAUGGCAUGUGUGGUCAUUUUUCACUCCUUUGUUGUUGUUUACCCAGUUUAUGGGGGUUAUAAUGUUUAUCUCACUCCUUGGAUGAUUUCUAAAGGUUUGAAGGCAUUCAAAUUUAAAGUGAAUGACUAACAUCCAGCUAGCUGAAAGUGACACAGACAGAUAAUGAAAAAGCUAUAAUGUAUUCUCCUAUCUGUCAAAUGAGUGGUUUCCUCGAAUAAAUUGUGACUUUAGAGAUCCAUAGUUGAAAUCAGAAUAAAUUAUAUUUCAUUGGCAUAUUAUUAAGCUCAAGUGAUUAUUGAAUUUUCCAGAUGUCCAUGUUACCUAGAAAUAACUUUCGAAAUGUUGAUCCAUUUGAAGUUUUGGAGAAAGUAGUGAUGUAAAAAUUUAGCAAAGUUU